AUGAAGGAAAGGAUAAUACAUCAUCUAGAAAUACCGAACAAGAAUGAACAUGUCAGCAUAAGAGCGUAUGAACUGACAGACAAACUCAUAGCAGAGAAAUAUAAACAUGAAGUCAACAAACAAUUAGAGGUAUCCAAAGAAAGAACCAAGGACAGCAAUGGAAAUGAAGUGACUUCAGAAGUUCAUGACCAUAAUGAGGAGAACGAAAUUGAAUCAGCUGGAGUUUCAUUUACUGAUUUGAUACCAUUACCUGGACCAUCAGGAAUACAAACAGCAAAGAAGCAACAAUGCAUCAACAGGAAACAGCAUUCAGAGAUAUUUACAUCCACUCCACAGAAAACAACGUUGGAUGAGAAAGCAGAAAGGAAACUACAGAAUAAGAUGAAAAAAGAUGCAAAAACUAAAGGUACUAAACGGAAGCUUGCAGAUGAAGAUGAACCCAAUGAAACGCAAACAACUACUACAAUAAGAAAAAACCCUGAAAGAACCUGCAAAGAGGCAUUGGCGUUAACAUCGGACAAUAUUCCCGAAGAUGAGGAUGAAUAUGAUGAUGACUAG